AUUCAGAAAAAGAAUUAUUAAUUAUUUUAACCCUUUUGAAAGUAGAGGAUUUUGUUUCCAGGACGUUGCCCUCCCAUCCCAUGAUUCUUUUGGUUCCUCCUCCAACGAACCGGUAGACAAACCACCUCAUACGCCCUCCGCGAAUUUCAGUUAGCAUCUCGAUUGGGCAUGCUGAAAUCCUCUCGAUUUCUGAAUCUAGGGUUCUGAUUCUUAUUCAGGCCAAUCGAUUCUUCAAUUUCGUCCGUAAGAAUUGUUCAAUUGUGAGCUGAGCUGCUGACGAUCAUCAACAACCACCAGCUUUUUGCAGCAAUCGACAUUUUAUUUCUCUUUACAGCAUUGAGAGCUCAUACGUAAUGGAGGACCUCAAAGAGAGGCUGCUUCCACCAAAAGUCCCAAAACCUGCAUCAGCUGUAAACCUUCGCGAAGCAUCUUAUCGAUCAUCUGCCUUUGGAAGGCAACCUUUUCAAGGAGUAGAUGUUCUGGGGCUGAAGAAGCGGGGCCAGGGCCUUCGGUCUUGGAUUCGCGUUGAUACGUCUGGCAAUUCUCAGAUCAUUGAGGUUGAUAAGUUCACCAUGAUGCGUCGUUGUGAUCUUCCUGCUCGUGAUCUACGCCUGCUUGAUCCUUUAUUUGUUUACCCUUCCACCAUCCUUGGAAGAGAGAAAGCUAUUGUGGUUAAUCUAGAGCAGAUUCGAUGUAUUAUUACGGCCGAUGAGGUUCUGCUUUUGAAUUCCCUUGAUAGCUAUGUAUUGCAGUAUGUGGUGGAGCUUCAGAGAAGAUUGACAACAAAUGGAGUGGGUGAUGUUUGGCAGUCUGAUGGUUCUGGCUUGAGUCGGCAGAGAGGAAAUAGAAAUUUUGAUAGUGUGUUUGGGAGCACAUCACCUGAUUAUUUGCCAUUUGAGUUUAGGGCUUUAGAAGUUGCUCUGGAGGCUGCCUGUACAUUUCUCGAUUCUCAGGCAGCCGAACUAGAAAUUGAAGCAUAUCCAUUACUGGAUGAGCUCACGUCAAAAAUCAGUACACUAAACUUGGAACGUGCACGUCGUUUGAAAAGCAGACUUCUUGCCUUGACUAGGAGAGUUCAGAAGGUUCGGGAUGAAAUAGAGCAGCUCAUGGAUGAUGAUGGAGAUAUGGCUGAGAUGUAUCUCACUGAGAAGAAAAGUCGCAUGGAGUCAGCAUUUUAUGGUGAUCAAUCUAUGAUGGGGUACAGAUCGACCGACGGUCCAUCUCUUUCUGCUCCUGUUUCUCCUGUUUCUUCACCUCCCGAUGGCCGAAAGCUUGAGAAAAGCCUGAGCAUUGCAAGGAGUAGACAUGAAAGCAUGAGGAGUUCAGAAAGUGCUAAGGAGAGUAUAGAAGAGCUUGAGAUGUUGCUGGAAGCAUACUUUGUUGUCAUUGAUAGCACCCUCAAUAAGCUGACAUCGUUGAAAGAGUACAUUGACGACACCGAAGAUUUCAUUAACAUUCAGCUGGAUAACGUUCGAAACCAGCUGAUUCAAUUUGAGUUACUACUCACGACAGCAACGUUUGUUGUUGCCAUAUUUGGGGUUGUGGCAGGAAUAUUUGGGAUGAAUUUCGAAAUAGCAUUGUUUGAUGAGCCUGCUGCAUUUAAGUGGGUACUUAUAAUUACAGGAGUAACUGGCUUUUGCAUAUUUUCUGCAUUCGUGUGGUUCUUCAAGUACCGAAGACUGAUGCCACUUUAGAUGUAAACUUAAACCUCAAUCAAGGAAUAUUUGUUGCUAUUUUAUUUGUACCGUCUCAGAUUAAUCGAAAGUUGGCUCGAUGCUUCAAUUC